UUGUGUGAAAGAAUAAGAAAUCAGCGGGUAAAUGUUGCCAACAAAGGUGGGGAGGAAUUUCGUGUGAAAAAUGAGGUGAAAAUCAAUUCAUCUUGGCCAGAGGGAAGGCAAGAGUGUCCGAGCAUUGAAAUUCACAAUGGAGCAAUUGUAUGUCAAUAAAGUAUUUGCGUGUUUUGAUACUCAUAUUCGAGGUCGUCUGACGGCCAAUUUUUCCUUUCACUUUGUGCUUUGGGGGCUGGUAUAGCGCAAUUCAGUGAGAGGGAGGGUUUUUAGUAUGUUAAUUAGGGGGGCACAUAUGCCUGAGCUUUCGCGAGCUAUACCCCUAAGACUGCCAGAGGGUAUGGAGUAGCUGACGGGACUUGUGAGCAAUCAGAGAAAUUUCCAACUUCCUGGCGGUCACACGACAGUGUCACCAUCCCUCUACGGAUUUUCAGUAUUUUAUUGCAACAAAUAAUCUCUUACAACCCCUUCAAAUUGCACAUCACUACAUCCUGUUGUUGGACACUUCUUUUGUGGUGCAAAUAAUCGUUACUAAUGGAUUGCGAUUCACAGACAGGAUCCUUGGCAGCUGAUAGUGAAGAUAAUUCACGAAGGAGUAGAGAACCCGAGGACCUUGAACAGGACGAAGUUAUGGCAAAAUUCGAUGAGCGAAUUGGAUUUCUCGGUGGUGGAAAUAUGGCAUUUGCCAUUGGAUCGGGAAUGGUAAAUCGUGGUCUUGUUAAACCAUCGCAAAUUCUUGCUUCUGGGCCACAUCUUGAGAAUCUCUCCCGUUGGAAGGAUAAUGGAUCUGAAAUAACAGCCGACAAUGAAGAUGUAAUCAUCAAAUGCGAUAUAAUCUUCAUUUGCGUAAAGCCGCAUAUUUUGGAAAAAUGUGCAGCUGAAAUUCAGAGAAAGCAUAUUCGCUCCAUUAGAGAUUCUGAUAAAUUAUUUGUCUCCGUGAUGGCAGGGAUAUCAAUUGAUGUUAUUGAAAAGCAUUUCUACUUCAUUCCCCAACUUAAAAUAAUACGUUCAAUGCCCAAUACACCGAUGCAAGUGGGAGAGGGAUGUACGGUAUUCUCACCAGGACGUUAUGUUACGCAGCAUGAUGUGGAGAAAAUCAACACCAUCCUCAAUUCAUUGGGCACGGCUCAGGAGGUGCCGGAGAAGAUGAUAAAUGCUUUUUCAGCAAUAACUGGGUGCGGUCCCGCCUAUAUUUACACAAUAAUUGAUGCCCUAGCUGAUGGGGGUGUGAAGCAGGGGAUCCCAAAGCAAACAGCCCUACAAGUGGCAGCUCAGAUGAUCUAUGGCACGGCCAAGACGGUGCUGGAGACAGGGAAACAUCCUGCUGUACUGAGGGAUGAAGUAUGCUCACCUGGUGGUGCAACAAUUGCUGCAGUUCAUGAACUUGAGAAGGGUGGAAUUAGAAAUAUAUUCAUAAAUGCAGUGGAAAAAGCAACAGUUCGUUCUGAGGAGCUAGGGCAGAGUAAUGCAGACUAACAGUUUCUACCAUAUCGCCCGCAGUACUUACUCUAUAAGGCGAUAGAUAAAGAGAAUGAACCACGACUCUAUAGACGUAGAUGGAUUCGAUUUUAGAAAACUUAAAGAGUUUAUUGACAAAGAUUCAAGAGAAAAGAAAAACGAAGCUCUCUCCUAGGUACCGAAAAAUCAAUUCCUGCUCCUUUUGCGCGAAUAUGUUGAAUAGCCAAGAUUUAGGUGGUCCUCUAUUCCAAAUUGUACACACAAAAUAUUAAAAUUAUUUUUCGCAAAUUUGAUAAAAACACGAAAGAGACGCAAAUAAUUUCACACUUAUUUGAGCACAAUUUCUGUAAAUAAAACCUUUCACGGGAAUUCACAUUGAGAAUCACCAAUUGAGGUAUAAAAAAAUCAAUUUACGAGUUGUCUCAAAGCAUAAAAAGACAGAAGAAUGAUUAAUGCAAAUUAAAAACACUUUUUUGCUGCGUUUUGACGAUUCAUCAUGCAUAAAAUCUCCUCUAGAAACGUAUUAAAACCCCCGUAGAAAAUUCUCUCGGCAGUCCCGAGCUAUUCGUCUCCAGUGCCACCAAUAAAUAAACACAAAUUUCCUGUUUUUCAAAUCCAAAUCCCCAAGAAUGAGAAAUAAAAGAUUAUAUUGAGAACUACAUACAAAA